CGUUAGGCAUCUAAUAGUAUUGUCAUAGAUAGCGCUCUGUAUUUAUUAUUGAAACUGAAUUUAAACAAGUAAACAGCAUUAGAAGUAAUUUUUUUAACAUGGAGGAAAUGGAAGACGAUAACGAUAUACCUUCCUCCAGCCAUGGAAAAUACAUUUCGACAGCCGAAAUAAAGAGCAUGUGGAAUCUAAUGAAAAUUUCAGCGAAUCUAGGUACGCCUGAACAAUGUGUAAAGUUUGCAGAGGACACCGGUCUCAUAUUGCGGUCAAAACUGUGCAGUACACACAGAAUACCAAUGAGUCAUAACAUCCGUGGAAAUAGUAUACUUGGUACAUUCAGAUGUCGCGAACGCUCUUGCCGAAAUAAAAGUGGAUUUUCAAGAGCUAAGGGAACCUGGUUUGAAAAUUCCAGACUAUCCCUACCGCUCAUAUUUUACCUUAUGUAUUGUUAUGCUCAUAACUGGCCUCAUGCUUCAGUGCGUUUGGAGAAUUUCGUUGGUGACUCGGUCUUGUCAAGUGAAACAAUUACGGACUGGUACAACUACUGCCGUGAAGCGGUCGUUUGCUACCAGAUUGACAAGCAGGAGGCUAUAGGAAAAAUUGGUGGUCCUGGCAAGAAAGUGCAAAUCGAUGAGAUUAAAUUUGCUAAGCGCGACCAAAAUAAAGGCGGUAAAGUAGAGGGUCACUGGUUACUGGGUAUAAUAGAGGACGGCAGUGAAGAUCUCAGCAUUAUCGGUAUGAUCCGGAAUUAUGGCCGGCCAAGGACUGUAAUUUCAACAACAUUCUAAAAUUUAUGGGGAAUGUUUUAUUCUAUGACAACAACUACAAAAGAAAAGAGAAACCGGUCCAAACCUGUCAAGGGUGUAUAUUAUUAUAAUAUAAUUAAUUCAUUCACUCCGCUUUGUUAUUACUUUUACUAUUAUAUUAUUAUCUUCAUUACAUAUAAGAAAAGUAGAUCUAAGAAAAUUUAACCCAAGUGUGUUCGGUAUGUAAUGCACCUAAUUCUCGUUUUACACGAAUUUGAUUUAACACGGGUUAAAAAGAACGAUUUUCAAUAUUUUAUGAAUUUUUCUUGAAUCUCGUAGAUCAAAUAGAGUGAGAUUUUUCGACGCAUGUACGAAGAUUUAAAUUAGACUCAGGAAAAGUCUCUGAAACUCGGUAGAUUAUGCUCUCGCCGUUUAAUAAUUUAAUUUUAAUGAAUUAAAAUGUAUAAGUACGAAAUAAAUUCGUAAGUGAAUUCAAAAAAGAAUUUUUUAGCAUAGUUUUCAACUAAUUCUUUUUUUACAUGAAUUUCACAGUUUUCUUUUGUAAUCUAUACAAUAUAAAUGUAAGUAUUUUCAUUCUGAAAUAAAUAUAAAAUAAAAUUAUAAAA